CAUUUCCGGUUGGACAUUCACAACAUCCAAGAUGGCUGCCACCGUGGAGUCCCUCGUUUCGUACGGGACCGAUUCAGAUUCAGAUAAUGAGACAAAAUCAAAUGCUAGUCCCGAAAAAAUUGACCCUGAUGCCCUAGCACACCUCCAACCUUUGAAAUCUGGGCAAACAAUGUCUUUAGCUCUCCUUAAUUCAGCUCCUGAGGUCGCCGUAAAGGAGGCUGUGGAGACUGGUGUGCAUCUGGACCCCUCUCUCAAAGAGGUCACCUACAACCCCACAUAUGAAACCAUGUUUGCACCAGAGUUUGGUCCUGUCAACCCAUAUAGAAGUCAACAGAUGGCUGCUCCCAGGAAUAUGCUUUCUGGCUAUGCAGAGCCUGCUCACGUCAAUGACUUCAUGUUUGAACAGCAGCGGAGGACCUUCUCCACCUUUGGCUAUGCUCUGGAUCCAUCUGUGGACACAACAAGCCAGAAUUCCUCCAAUAGCUACAUUGGUGCAGUGGAUGAGGCAGAGAAAAAGAAAGGGUUGACUGUGUUUGAGGUUGGACCAAAAAAACAUGACAAGAGGAAAAAGGUGCAAGGAGGUGAAUCGGAUGACAUUGACAAUUACCUUGGGCCCUGGGCGAAAUACGUGGACGAAAAGGACGGCGCCAAACCAUCAGAGGAGGAACAGAAGGAGCUGGAUGAGAUCACAGCCAAGAGGCAGAAGAAGGGAAGGAAUGAGGAAGAGGCUCCGGCGGAGGAGAAGACCAUUCUCCAUGUUAAAGACGCGUAUGACUACCAAGGGAGGUCUUACCUCCACGUACCUCAAGACGUGGGUAUUAACCUGCGUACUGCAGACAUACCAGACAAGUGUUACCUGCCCAAGAAACAGAUCCACGUCUGGACUGGACACACCAAGGGGGUCAGUGCUAUCCGUCUGUUUCCUGUAUCAGGUCACCUGCUGCUCUCCUGCUCUAUGGACUGUAAGAUCAAGUUGUGGGAGGUGUAUAAUGAGAGGAGGUGUGUACGGACGUUUAUCGGCCACAGUAAAGCAGUGCGGGAUAUCUGCUUCAACAACACUGGGACUCAGUACAUGAGUGCAGCCUACGACCGCUACCUCAAACUCUGGGACACAGAGACAGGCCAGUGCAUUUCCCGCUUCACAAACCGGAAGGUGCCGUACUGCGUCAAGUUCAACCCAGAUGAGGACAAGCAGAACCUUUUCGUGGCCGGCAUGUCUGAUAAGAAGAUCGUUCAGUGGGACGCAAGGACAGGGGAGGUGGUUCAGGAGUAUGACCGUCACCUGGGCGCGGUCAACACCAUCACGUUCGUGGAUGAGAACCGCCGUUUCGUCAGCACGUCAGAUGACAAGUCCCUCCGCGUGUGGGAGUGGGACAUUCCCGUGGACUUCAAAUACAUCGCAGAGCCCAGUAUGCACUCUAUGCCUGCUGUAACGCUUUCACCCAAUGGUAAGUGGCUGGCCUGCCAGUCCAUGGACAAUCAGAUCCUGAUAUUUGGAGCCCAGAACCGUUUCCGUCUGAACAAGAAGAAGAUCUUCAAGGGCCACAUGGUGGCUGGCUACGCCUGCCAGGUGGACUUCUCCCCAGACAUGAGCUAUGUGGUGUCUGGCGAUGCGGAUGGGAAGCUGAAUAUCUGGGACUGGAAGACAACCAAGCUGUACCACCGGAUCAAGGCCCACGAUAAGGUGUGCAUCAGUGCCUUGUGGCACCCCCACGAGACCUCCAAGGUCAUCACCUGUGGCUGGGACGGACUGAUCAAACUCUGGGACUAGAGACAUGGGGUGGGGGCUGCAAAAGGACUCCCUCUUUUUAGGGGGAGAGGUCUUCUUUCUGUUAUGUACUUUCCCUAAUUUAGUGGCAGGCUAAAAGCCAUAGGGCUGGUAUCUAGUCCUUUUGUAACAGUGUAUAUUUCUAUCCCAUCUGAAGAGAGGACAGCGACGUAUACAUAGAAAGAUAAACAUUUUCUCCGUGGGUUGUGUUUAUAGGGUUCUCAUCCCUCACAUGCGCUCUCUUAAUUUCAUGUUUUCUGGCUUCUGUUUUAAUCAGUGAUGUCCGUAUCAUUCACACAAGAUUUUUUAUCUUGGAAACUAUUCUGUUUUCCAAUGUAUGUCCCUUUGUGAAAUUAAAAUUUUUAUAAACUUUG